AUGCUACUCAGAUUCCGAGGUCCUGAUGGGACAGUGCGACUAAAUGUCGAGUCCGCAGAUACAUUUGCACAGCUUGGGGAGAAACUUUCACAAGUUCUGCCAGCUACCGUCGACUUCAAUACCUUGACUCUUGCAAACCAACCAGCUGGAGGAGAGAUCAAACCACUCAAAGAUAUCGCCAGACACCUGGUCUCACAGAUAGGCUUGAGCCGCAUGUCAAACGGCAACGAAAACGGCGACUCCGAACAGUCAUCCGCCAUUCUCCAAUCCUCUACAAAUCGCCUGAAUGGCCAGAUGAUCUUGCCAACCGAAGAUAUUCCGAUAGACCCUUUGCCUGUCACUUCGCCCUCAGAAAAGAUCAAAAAUCCUUGGGAGGUGGUGAGGCAGUCGGCAGUGGAUGAUAGACUGGACAGACAGAAUGGCAAGAUCCCUAGGAAGCGAGACGUCAAGAUGUGUAGGCACGGUGAGAAGGGCAUGUGCGACUACUGUAUGCCGAUGGAACCAUUCAACGCGGAAUAUCUGGCCGAAAAGAAGAUCAAGAAUCUCUCCUUUCACUCCUACCUACGAAAGAUUAACUCGGCCACCAACAAGCCAGAGUUAGGAAGCUCUUUCAUGCCGCCUCUUACUGAGCCCUACUACCGAGUCAAGCCCGAAUGUCCUUCAGGUCACCCGCAGUGGCCAGAAGGUAUCUGCACAAAGUGCCAACCUAGUGCCAUCACAUUACAGGCACAGCCCUUUCGAAUGGUAGACCAUGUCGAAUUCGCAAAUUCUACUCUCAUCGAGAAUCUUCUCAACUUUUGGCGUCAGACUGGUGCUCAGCGAAUUGGCUACCUGUAUGGGAGAUACACAGAAUAUACCGAGGUUCCCCUAGGCAUCAAGGCGGUCGUUGAGGCUAUCUAUGAGCCACCCCAAAUCAACGAAGUCGAUGGCGUGACUUUGCUGGACUGGCAAGAAGAAAGCCUUGUUGAGGGAAUAGCCAGACAAUGUGGACUCCAAAAGGUGGGAGUAAUUUGGACAGAUCUCUUGGAUGCUGGCGCAGGUGAUGGUUCGGUCGUAUGCAAGCGACAUAUCGAUUCCUAUUACCUUUCGUCGCUCGAGAUCGCAUUUGCCGCCCGCCUUCAAGCACAACACCCGAAGCCCACGAAAUGGAGCGAUACUGGCAGAUUUGGCUCUAACUUUGUCACUUGUGUGGUAUCAGGUGAUGAAAAGGGACAAAUCGCUAUUUCAUCUUACCAGGUAUCGAACUCGGCUGUUGAAAUGGUCAGAGCGAACAUCGUCGAGCCUUCUGCCGAUCCCACAGUCAUGCUUGUCCGAAACGAGGAGGAGGAUGAUGGCUCCAUCAGCCGUACACGUUACAUUCCAGAAGUGUUCUACAGGCGGAUCAACGAAUACGGAGCAAGUGUACAAGAAAACGCAAAGCCGUCAUUUCCUGUCGAGUAUCUCCUUGUCACGUUAACACACGGCUUCCCUGACGCUCCGAAACCUAUGUUUAUCGCGGCACCUGGUUUCACUAUCGCAAAUCGUCUCACUCUUGGCGAAGAACAAGACAAAAAGACCCUUGCCAAGCGUAUCGGUGUGGAUAGAGCGGGCGAGGUCAAGAAUGCCGAUGGGGCUUUACGAGCUGUAUCAGAUUUCCAUCUACUCUGCUAUUUGAAGAAGGAAUAUGUGAACCUCUUCGAGAAGGCGAGUUUGGAAGACGAGGCCCUUCUGUACCGCGUGGCCACGAAGCACGAUCUCGCAGAAGGCUACCAAUUGCUAUCCACCGGUGCAUGGGCGGCAAUGGCUUUGGAUUUAUCACAAACUGGUGAGAGACCCCUCAAGAGACCAUCGCCUGAUGACGGCGACGAGUUCAACGAGCGCCUUGCUAAGAGGGUUGGUGGGCCCCCAUCUUCAAAGUUGUUUUCUAAUAUCACUCUCACUGGGGUGGAUUACAUCAAAUUCCUCAUAUAUACCAGAGCCGCGUGGCGCGAAGCUGGCCGCCAUCCAGGAAAACACGUAGACAGCCUCAGUAGCGGAAAAUCUCAUAUGAAGACUGAACGUUGUACAGAGCCAGUUGGCAACUCUACGCCGAAUAGCGAGCAAUCUCGUAGCGAAGUCUCUUCGAAGGUUCAGGCAGGAUGGCCCGAAUAA